AUGCAGAUAAAGGAGGAAGGUUUUUGUUUCACUGUGAUGUUUCUGGGUGUCUUGUUAACUGGAUUAAUCAGCUUUUCUGCAGCGUGCAUCAUAAUUGGAUAUGUGGUUAUAAAAUUCAAUAAAGAGUCGUGGGAUUUGCAAUCUUGCCUAUUCUUUAGCAUCGCCCUUGGCAUUUCCUAUCCUCUUCAUUCUGUGAAUUCGCUGAAAACUAUUGGCAGUUCUAAAAUAUAUACUGAUUUCAUUAGAGGAGAAUCGCUGAUCAUUUGUAGCAUCACAUCAAAUUUUUUUGGAAUUUUUUGGAACAACAUAAUCCACCUUUCUAUUUUUAGAGUGGAAUAUUUAGGAAUAUUAGGCAUUCUUGCCUUAGCCACUGUAGGACUGAAUUUACAAUCUUUAACCUUUAAACCGAGGACCGAAUUUGUAAUUACUAGGAUCUUAAGAAUGUUUUCAUCUGUAUACGAACAUUUAAUAUAUGCUUUCUCUGGUAUUGUGAUUGGAUGUGGAGGAACCAACCAUUAUGGAUUUCACACCAUAAUUUUCAUACUCAUCUCAUUUGCAGCAGUGAAUUUGGUAAGGUAAGAAAAAUAUUUUUAAGUUUGUUUACUAAACUUAGAUUCUCAAGCCCAUAAUUAGAAUUAGGAAGCAGUGACAUAUAGCAAAAACGGCUCUGAACAUGGAACCAGGAAAGCUGCCUUGUUGUCAAGGCCUUGACAAUAGCUUGCUGUGCAACUUGGGAUAAGUGUGUUUAUUUUUCAAGAGUUUAUCCAUAAAAUGAGAGGGAUUGGCAUCACCCAUAAGCUAGACAGAAAUGCAAAUUCGUGGGCCCAUUUCAACCUACUGAAUUGAAUCUCUAAGUAUGAGAGCCAGGAAAUAGUUUUAACAUGCUCUGCCAUGAGAGCUCAUAUGUAAGCUGAGAUCAGUCAUAAUGUAAGAAACUUGGCUUUAGCACAGUUUGACUCAGGUAUACAUCCAUUCUCUAAUUUCAUCUUCCUAACAACACUAGGAGAUAAUAAUUAUCAUCUCCAAUUAUUUAUCUCUGUUAUUUUCUACAUUUUGAAGAAAUCGGCCCCCAGAAAAGCAAAGGACCUUGUCCAAGGUCAAAUGGCUAGUGAGUGGCAGAGAUCUUGCCGAACUGAUGGUUCCACGCACUAGAGGAAAGGCUUUAAUCAAGGGCAUUAUCCUUAAGUUGGCCCUCGAAGUGUGGGUGGGUUUUCUUGUAAAGACUUGAGAAAAACAUUUCAGAGAGGAUGAGCCAAGAUAAAGAAACGGGAAUACACGAACACAAUAAGCAUUGCUGAUUGAAUAUUUUGUAUGGAUACAUAUGUAUUGUAUAUAGUUAUAAUUAUGUAUUGAGUGCUGACCACAUGCAAAGCAUCAUUCUAAGCCUUGAGUAUUAUCACAUUUAAUUGAAUUACCACAAUAAUCCUUUGAGGCAAGUACAAUUGUUACUAUCAUCUUCAUUUUACAGAUGAAGGAGCUGAGGCACAGAGAGAUUAAAUAGCUUGCGAAUAUAGUUAUGCAGUUAGUAAAAGGCAAGCCUAAAUUUAACACAGGUAGGCUGACUGCAGAGUCUUUUGCUAUUCUGCCUCCCUGUUUUUGAUAUCAGGAAAUGACAUAAGUUGGUUCUAUUUUGGUUGGACUCUGAUAUUUUAGGGAAAAGGUUAUUUAGUAAGGCUGAAAAGGUUAGUAAGAGUCACGUUGCAAAAGGCUUGAAUGCAAGGCAGAGGAGUUUGCCCAAAUUAAUUACAUACAUUAUAGGUGGUAAUUGUAGAUUUCCUGUUUUUCAAUGACAGGAAUUCUCUAAAUUGACUUGUACAAUUUAUAGCUCAACUGAUGCACAAUAUACUUUUUGAGGCUAAGAACACAUCUGAUUUUAUUUUUGCGGAAAUUUCAUUUGUUCUAAAUCAUUUGAAGGACAGUACUGAUAUUCUCUCAGUGCUGGUCCCUUAAUGAUAGAUUUUAAAUUUUGGCACAGGUUACUUUUAAAAUGUAAUUUGGAGAGCAAGAAGGCGCAAAUUAAAAUUAUUCGUGUGACAUUUAGCGUAUGAUUCUUGUGGGAGCUCAGUAAACAUUUGGUUGGGUUAAGUUUAUUAAUGUGUCUAAAAUCAUCUUACAUUUGGGUCAUGAUCUGCACAUGCCCCCAUUAUAAUAUUUGAAUCCAGUCAUGUAUGGCUUUUCAGGGAGUAGUUGAGCUUGUCAGCAUUCUUAGAAGAGGUUUCCCUGUGAGAAUUUACUACACGAAUCCAAACAAUAUACAGUAGCGUUGAUGAUAAUUCCUUAUAGUUGUUUAAAACUUUCAGCAUUAUUGCUGAAAUGUGCAAAAUUUAAAUAGUAGAUUUGGUUAGUCCCAGAAAAUUGGAAGGAUUUAACAAUAAAUUGCAUUGUUUUAUCUUUGUGAAAAAAUGUAUAUUCAAUUUAGUAUUUAGUACAUGCUUUCAACCAUGAAUAACAUUAAUAAACAAGGUGUGAUUUGUUUUUAAUGUUUCUCUCUCCACAAGUUGCUCACUUUUUUGUUAGUGAGCCCUAUUUUGAUGCGUUUGAAUUUUGAAUAUAAUUGGCGAUGGGGAGUUGUUAUGACAUGGUCCAGAAUUAAAGUAGUUUUUAGUUUACUCUUUGCUCCUGAUAUUUAUA